AUGCGUGAGCCACGAGAGAAGGUCGAGGUCUUCCGGAACUACUAUCUAAUCUCGUUUCAGACUUUGGUGAACUUUGCCGUUAAAAAUGAAGAGAAGGAUAAACCUAAGUCUUCGGCAGAGAGUUUCUCAUCAACGCCUUCCUCUGCAGGGUGCUACAUCCUCGUCUUCAAGAACGGGGCGGUGACCUUCUCUCCUAGUGGGAAUGGACACAUAACCCGGGUGAGGGAUCGAAUCCGCCGACACCCCGAUCAAGCCACCUUGUCAGGUGAUUGGGUCUGUUAUGCUCUGAUAGACGAUAUCAUCGACAGCUUCGAACCGUACCUGCAUGCCGUGGAACGUGAGUCCGAAUCCAUCGAGGAUGAGGUCUUUAUCGCUCGUGUAGACGACGUUAGAUCCCUCAUCCCCCGUGCCGAAAAUCUUCGCAAAAAGAUCACGUAUCUUAUCCGCGCUCUGAGCGGCAAGGUGGACGUCCUGAAUGGCUUCGUCAAGCGGUGCCAGGCCAAAGACAAACAACCCAUCUUUCCCGAUGGCGAUCUAAUCAUGUAUCUGGGCGAUGUGCAGGACCAUCUGGUAACUACUAUGUCGAGUCUGUCGCACUUUGAUGAGAUCGUCGGCCGAUCGCAGUCAAACUGCCUCGCGCAGAUCAGUGCCAAUAACCUCCGCUUGAGUCUGAACAUCAACGAAGUCCUCAGCAAGGUGACUGUCCUGGCCACAAUCUUCGUUCCACUGCAUAUGGUGACGGGACUUUUUGGAAUGAACGUCACCGUCCCUGGUCAGGAUGUGCCUGGACUGGCCUGGUUCUUUGGGAUUGUGGGUUGCUUUAUCGCGUUCAUAGUCGUGUGUUGCACUAUUGCUUCUAGAUUUAAACUGCUGUGA